GCGGGGCGGGGCCCACAUUCGGGGAGACGCGGCAGUGCCCGGGCCCGGCGCGCGGACUGGGACCCGGACCGGACCGGACCGGACCCACGCCGGCGCGGCGGCGCCAGAGCGCCCCGACGACGGCGGGAUGACGGCCGGGAGCCCCGGAGACCGCGGGGAGGCGCGGAGGAGCCCCGAGGGCCGCGUCUCCCGCCUGGGCCGCCGGCUGGGCCGCCGCCGGCGCCCGCGCUCCCCUCCGGAGCCGCUGCGGGUGCGGGCGCGGCUGCGGCUGCGCUCGCCGUCGGGGGCGUUCGCGGCGCUGGGCGCGCUCGUGGUGCUGGUGGGCAUGGGCGUCGCGGUGGCCGGCUACUGGCCGCACCGCGCCGGCGCCCCGGGGCCCCGAGCUGCCAACGCCAGCGCGCCCCCCGCGAGCGAGCUGCGGCGCGAGGGCCGCGGGGCCGGCCGCGCGCACGGCCCCCACGAGCGCAUGCGGCUGCUCGGGCCGGUGGUCAUGGGCGUCGGCCUGUUCGUGUUCAUCUGCGCCAACACGCUGCUCUACGAGAACCGCGACCUGGAGACGAAGCGGCUCCGCCAGGACGCGCUGCGGGCCCAGGCGCUCCGGCCCCCCGACGGCCCCGGCUGGGACUGCGCCCUACUUCCCAGCCCCGGGCCCAGGACCCCCGGAGCCAGAGGCUGUGUGGAACCGGAGAGCUGGGACUUGUCCCCGCGCCGGGGCACCUCACCUGUCCCCUCGGUGCGGAGUCUGCGCUCAGAACCUGCGAAUCCUCGCCUGGGGUUGCCUGCCCUGCUUCACAGUUACCCGCUGAAGGGCCCGGGGCUGCCCCGACCUUGGGGUCCGCGGACCCAGACCGGCCACGUGAUUAUCACCGUGCAGCCCUCGGGCUCCGGCAUCGAACACUCCAAGUCUCUGGAUCUGGGCCUCGGAGAGCUCCUGCUUGGGGCACCCGCGGCUCGGGACGGUGCGCACCGAAGCUGGCCCCGGCUGGACCGCCUCAGUCUGGAGGGGUACACCAAGCUGGGAGGCGGAGGGGGCUUUGGGGCUCCGGUUUGAGGAGUAGCAUGGACCAGAGUCAAAGGACCAGGAGUCCCGACGUCUAUUGAUGCUUGUCACAUCCCAGCCUGGGGCAUGGAUGCUCUGGCCCAGCAGCUGCUAAGGCAUCCUGACUUGCAUGUGGGCAGAGAAAUGCCAACUGCACAGGGUUCGAUAAGCUGGAAAGUGUUUUAAUGUGAACUUGAGACCAGCAUGACUCGGCCUCAGGAAUUCCUUUAGCCUCCAAAGUGGCCUUAGCCCUGAACAGGUACCCGAGGAGGCUGGGAGUCCAGGCCAGGGCGACUGGGAGAUGCACCUGGUGUCUUGGCAAACCCCAGUGGUGGGCAGGAACCCCUAAGACGUGGAGGUAGGUAGCGAUGUUACAGGCUGGGACAGGGACCCUCCAGGGUGGCACUGGUGAUGGGGUUUGGGCCUCCAGGAAGAGGGGCAAUGGGGCACAGUGUGACCCGUCACUGCCAUCUGGGAUGGGGACUGAGCCUUUCACUCCCACCACCUCAAUCCCUUUCUUCCCUCAGCCUCGCAGGGUACAUCCUACUAGGGCUACAGACUGCCAGUGCCUCAUGCUGAGGGGCCCUCCCAAGCAGGCCUGAGAAGCCCCUUCUCUCCUUGGCCUGGUCUAUGCUGCAAAAUCUCCCUUCACUGGGCAAAAGGCAUUUGCCAAUUCUCAGAAACCUUUUUAUAUAAUAUUGAAGCUGCGUUUUGGUCCAACGUGGGUAACUUACUUUUUAGCCAGAGGGGAAGAUUACUUUAAAAAUUGAUCAGUCCUCACAAAUUCAGUCCUUUUUUUUUAAGUUUAUUGAAAAAUGCAGUACAAGAAGCAAGACCAAACACGUCUAAACACUACAGCCACUUCUCUUACUA